GCAGAAUCGCGGAUGGUUGGCAGACCCUUCGUGCGGAUCCUGGGAGUAGCCACCAACCUGCUGGCGGCCUGGAUAUCGCGAGCGCCGCCGUGUCCUGCGGCGACUGCUUGUCCUUUUUCGCCGGCGUGCCCGUCGGUGUCGUGCCCCAACCUCUCGAGCGCCGACCACGACGUGUACGAGGAGCGGUACGGUCAGGGGAACCCAGAUAUAGUCGCCGUGGUCUUCAGCCCGACGCGCCAGGCGCUGCAGGGUGGGGACCCGCCCCUGCUGUGCAGGUUUGGGCGUGAGCCGAACGCGUGGGAGACGGUCGCUAGCCAGGACGCUCUCGUGCAGGUAGCUGACCAGCUGUACUUGGACCGCGAGCGCGCUGCUGGCAGGCCGCGCACACUCCCCGCUGGUGGCUCGUACCUGGAGUUCGAUUUCUCCGCAGCCGCCCCUGGACCAGGCGUUCCUGGCGCAGGCCCCGCCGCUCUCGCGCCCGCGACGGGUGCCGCCGCCCGAGCAGCGCCUGCCGGGCCUCUGGUGAGCGCGGCCGGGGCCGGCGCCGUCGCCACCCCUGCUGCAGGACCCCUGGCGGUCGCCUCCGUGCCGGCUACAGGCGCCCCAGCGGGCGCCGCCGGCGCAGCGCCGCCGGCUGCGGCAGGGGUGGUUGGGCCGCCCGCUGGGCUGGCCCCAGUGUGGGUGCUCAUCGAGAGCACGGGCAGUGGCAGUCGUGGCGAUGUUGUCCAGCUCAACGGGACCGAUCGGAUCGAAGGUGACAUCGGCCUCCUGAAGCUGAACGCAGGCUGGGCUGCCAUCCGUCGGAUCUCGAUGGACCCAUCGGUGUACAGACGCGCGGAGAGCGGGACGGACAUCAGGCUGGUGGACGUACCACCUCGACCCGACGGCUCCAGGCAGCGACUGGAUUGUCGUGAGGCUGUGCCGAUGAUGGUGGAGUGUCCCAUCCCGUGGUGGCCGCUCGACGGUCCUCGGACCAUGCUCUGGCGCGCGCAAUUCAUCGACAAGAGGCGGAACGGCCCCGUGGAGCACCACAACAGCUUCUCGGCCUUCUAUCAUCUCACGAUGGAGGACUACGGGGUCGGUCAUUAUGAGAUCUUAAUGAAGAUGAUCAAACAUCUCGGGUGCUGGGAUCAGUUGAAUAUUCCCGACUUGGUCGGGGCUGAGCUGGCCACUCGCCAGGCACAGCUGCACGGGCACAUCUACUCCAUGGAGUUCGUGGCGCAGCAGUCGAAGGGCUCCAAGGACGGCGACGAGGACGACGGCAAGAAGAGGGGCCGAGGUCGGGGAGGAGGGCUCCACCGAUUCGGCAUCGUGGACGAGGCGGCGGCGUGCACAGGGGCGGUCAAGGAGGAUGGCCGUUCCAUGAUAUGCCCGCUGCUGCUGGAGCAGGUCUCCGAACAGGUGGAGCGCGACGCAGGGAACCUGAAGCAGAUCAGGGGGCGCCCGUGGGCCUCGCGGGCGCAGCUGAUCUACCUGUACAUGAGGUCAGUGCGCAGGCGCCUUGAGAAGCGGUCGCACGUUCACGGCAUGGUCGAGGAGAUGACCGACGCGCUGAACGACCUGUGGGGCUGCCCGCCCGUGGCGCGCCGUCAAGCGCCCGCUGGCAUGCCGGUGCCUGCCGCUGGCCACGCCCUCGUCCUCUCGGAGCUCCGACAAGCCGCUGUGAGGUUUGGCCCGUGCCCAGAGGGCUUGGACGGUCCAGGAGCCCUCGAGGAGCUCCGGAUAUCUCAAUCAUACGAGGGUGACGCCACGUUGGUUGCCCCGGUGAGUUUCGACCUCGUCGACUCCAUCUCCCUGCCUCCGGCCGGCAGCCAGCCCGCCGCCCUGGAGGCUAUCGACGAGAUGGCAGGCCAGAACAUCGCUCGCCGGCUGAAAGAGUUACUCUUGCCCCAACAGCUGGGGAUGGAGCGCAUCAAGGAAGUGGGUCCGAGACGGCUCUACGCGGACCCUGCCCUUCGCAACCCGCGCCUCUAUAGAAUGGUGGCGCGGCGGCUUAUGAGCGCCGGGCUGGUGGACUUCAGCAGCUCGGCGGAGUGUUACGUUGGCAUGUUUUUCGUACGCAAGAAGAACGGGUCGCUGCGGAUGAUCCUCGACGGGAGGCACGCCUCGCUCAGGUUUGCGCCCGCAGACCCCGUGGAGCUGGCGACGGGCUCGGCGUUCGCCCAGAUCUCGGUCGACGGCGACGAGCCCAUCAGCAUCGGGGGGGUCGACAUCUGCGACGCGUUCUACCAGGUCGAGCUCCCACAGUGGCUGCGCCACUACUUCGGGCUGCCCAAGGUGAGGGCUGGCGACCUCGGGCUGGUGAACCUGUCCGACGGCACGCCCGUGAGACCCUCGGCCUGGGUGGUACCGUGCUUUCGGUGCCCGCCGAUGGGCUGGAGCAUCAGCCUAUGGAUAUGCCAGAGCCUGAACGAGGCGGUGACCGCCCGUGCGCUUCCUGGCCAUUUUGGCCGUCGACUUGUGGACCGUCGGCCUGCGCCUGACCUGCAGCAGGGAAUGGCGCACGCGGUCUACGUCGACAACUUCAUCGCCCUGUCCCACAGGCUGCGCGAGGUGCGUGAUGCAGCUACUGCAGUGCAGGGGGAGCUGACUGCUUCAGACCUUCCCUCGCACCCCGUGGAGGCAUCAGUCGGCGGGGACACGCUGGGCUGGCACUUUGACGAGGACAAGCCCGUGAUCGGCCUCAGCGUUCGACUACGCUGGCGGCUCCGCCUCGGCAUCGGCGAGCUGCUGGAGCGAGGCUGGUGCAGCGGUCACACCAUGAUGAAGGUGGUAUCGCACUUCACUUCGAGGGCGCUAAUUCGUCGAGAGCUGCUGAGCUGCCUAGGGGCCGUGUACGGCUUCAUGGGCGACGGCGGCCGCGAGAGGCGGCGGCUGACGCCGGCAGUAAGACGGGAGCUGGCUUGGUGCCGCGCACUGCUGCCUUUGUGUUUUCGAGACGCCGGGCGGCCCUUGUCGCCUGUCGUUUCCUGUGUGGACGCCUCGUGGUGGGGCGCUGGUGUGACAGAGAAGACCAUCACCUCAGACCAAGCUCGUCGUUUGUCUAUCUUCAACGAGCGAUGGAGGUUCAGUCGGGAUGGCGAGCAACAGGUUGCCCCUCGCGACAAGGCCCUAGCCUCGGAGAGCAAGCAAGCUCAGCGUAUCACCUCGUCAUGCUUCAAGCAAGCCUCGUCGGAGCCCUACCGCGAUCCAGCAGUCGUAGCAGCAGCCAUGGAGCAGCAGGUCCCGUUCCGAGUCGAGCCGAAGCCGAAUCAGGGGGAGGAAAUCACGUUCGAGGAGGUGCCCGAGGAGGCCGUGCGGAUCAAGACAUCGAAGCUCGACGCGUCCUGCCCGCCCGCCCAGGCGCUGGGCCUCGGGGAGGAUGACGGCGGCAAUGCUGGUGUCGGUCCUCGACGGCAGGGCGGCCCCUGCCGCGCCGGCGAUGCGGGCUCGCAGGUGGCUGACUGCGGCUGCAAGUGCUGCGGGCGCUCGCCAGCUGCAGGGCAGGGCUUGACCCUCCUGGAGGAGUUCUUGGACGGGGGCAAGGGCAGCGCCGAGUGGAUGCUGAUGGCGGCUUUGGCCUUCGUGCGCCCGACCCUCGGGCAGCCGCAGGGGCGUCAGCUGCGGGCAGCACGGGCUGCCAAGACCUGGUCAUGCCUGGCGCCGCCGCGGCCGCGGCUGACGCUCUCACGGCCGGUGGUGUGCCUCCUCGUGGUGACGCUGUGCUGCGGGGGCCUGGAGGAGUACGCUUGGCCCACCGCGCCCACGGUCGACCUGUGCCCGAGGCCGCGCGAGGCGCUGGAUUUCGUGCAGUCGCAGCUCAUCCCGCCCUGGCUCACCGCUGCCGAGGCGCUGCACCAGUGGUGCAUGGUCCUCCAGCCGUCCGACAUGCAGACCCCGUCCAUGACAGACGUGCUCGACGAGACCCUGCGGGCGGGCCUCGCCCGCUCCCCGCGGGUGCCGCGGCCCGAGCAGGAGCCGCACCACCAGGCGCCCGGUGGUCACCGCCCUUUGCCGGUGGCCCAGGCGCAGUGGAGCGGCCACGUCAAGGCCGUCUUGGCCGGGCUCGGCCUGCAGGUCUGGAGCUACCUGAUGCACGGGCACAACGGCGCAAGCCACGAGCUGUUCGCGGCGGCGCGGCCCCUGCGGGACAUCCACAUGCGCGCCAGGUGGUCGACCGACGCCGCGCCUCAGUGCUACGCCGAGGGGAGGCAGGUGCAGGAGCAUCUCCGCGGGCCGCCGCGCGCCCUGCCGCUAAGUGCCGAGCAGCUGGACAUCCGCCACGACGCCGACAGCGACCUCCUCCUCAGGCGGAUCAGGCAGCAGGUUCGAGGCUGGGUGCGGAGUCGGCUCAUCGUCGCGAUCUGGAUUGCGACGCCCUGCCAGUCCAUGAGCCGCGCCCGCAACCGCCCCAACGGGCCACCACCCUUGCGGACGGCUUUGUUUCCGCUGGGGCUGCCCGGCCUGUCGCCAGGAGAUCAGCUCAAG